AGUCGUUCGGCCGGUCUUUUCGCUUACCCUGACACGCGCGCAGUUCGCGGAAGGUGCUCGCGGAGAAACACAGACACGGGAGGAGAGACAGGGCGCGCCCGGAUGACGUCAGUCGCUCAGCAACAACCUGAGCUGCCGUCGUCGCAGUGAGAAUGAAGUCAUCGGUGAGAGACGGAAAGAACAAUCAGGGUGAAAGAAAAAAAAAGCAGAGGAUGUGAGUGAGGGCUGUGUGCGAGAGUGUGUGGACCGAGCGCUCGCUCCCCUAGGAAAGAAGUUGAUGGACGUUUGCCAUUCCCUGCUUCUGAAUCCAGAAGAAUGCUUGGCUAUCUAUGGGCUCGUCUUUGUGGCCUAGAUAGCCCGGUCCGUCUCAGACGAGCAGAAACCACAAGAAGAGUGCUUAGCCUUGAGUUAAACAAGGACAGGGAUGUUGAACGAAUACACGAGAAUGGCAUAAACACUCUUGAUAUUGAACCCGUGGAAGGAAGAUACAUGCUUUCAGGAGGUGCUGAUGGUGUUAUUGUUCUUUAUGACCUUAUCAAUCUGAGCAAAACACCAUCUUAUACUUGUAAAGCAGUUUGUAAGGUGGGCAAAAGUCACCCUGAUGUCCACAAGUACAGUGUUGAGACAGUGCAGUGGUACCCUCGUGACACUGGCAUUUUUACAUCCAGCUCAUUUGAUAAGACACUAAAGAUAUGGGAUACAAAUUCUUUACAGCUGGCAGAAGUGUUUCAUUUUGAUGGAACGGUAUACAGCCACCAUAUGUCUCCAUUGGCUACAAAACACACUUUGAUAGCAGUUGGCACAAAAAACCCAAAAGUACAACUCUGUGACUUAAAAUCUGGAUCAUCCACCCACAUCCUCCAGGGUCACAGAGGGGAAGUCCUUGCAGUCAGCUGGUCUCCGCGAUAUGAUUAUGUUUUGGCAACUGCAAGUGCGGAUAGCAAAGUGAAACUCUGGGAUGUCCGCAGAGCAAAGAGUUGCCUGAUAACUCUUGACCAACACAAUGGUGAGAAGUCAAAGUCAUCCUCCGAAGCUGCAAAUACUGCCCAUAAUGGCAGAGUUAAUGGGCUAUGCUUCACUAGUGAUGGUCUCCAUCUAUUAACAGUUGGGACUGACGAUAGGAUGAGACUCUGGAACAGUGCAUCAGGUGAAAACACACUUGUAAAUUACGGCAAAGUCUGUAACGACAGCAGGAAAGGCCUCAAGUUUACAGUGUCUGUGGGUUGUAGCCCUGAGCUUGUGUUUGUACCAUAUGAUAGUACGAUUGCUGUAUAUACUAUACAUACAGGGCAAAAGUUAAAUGUGUUGAGGGGGCACUAUAACAACGUUGAUUGCUGUGUGUUUCAGCCUCUCUUCCAGGAGCUGUACAGCGGGAGCAAAGAUUGUAAUAUUCUUGCAUGGGUGCCAGCACUACGCGAGCCCGUUCCUGAUGAGGACUCUAGGAAAUCAGGCACACAGACCCAUCUGCAUCCUGCAUUUGAAGAUGCAUGGAGCAGCAGUGAUGAGGAUUCAUGAAUAAUGUAUUAAUUUCUGUAAAUCUGGAAAACAGCUUGUUAGUGAUGUAUUGCAACACUCUUGUGGCAUUAUUUAUUUGACCAAUGUGUGGUACAGGGAUAUUACUUUCUUUCUGUUCUUAGUGAUGCUUGAGAACCAUCAGUGACUAUAAAUAAAGAUACAUAUUAAUAUUACACUUACCUCCACAGUUUUUAAGACAUUACAUCUGAAAAUGGUUUGUGUGAUCUUUAUUUAUAGUUUGUGAUAGACGUCAUUCACAGAGAACUUUGUAUUCUUUUGAAUUGGAUCAGUAAUAAACAGAUUUAAAUAUUUUUCAAA